AAGAACCGAGGGUCAGUGCGAACUGUCGCCAAAGAAAUACCUUAAGAAAGCAACAAUAAUAACGAAGUCGCCGAAAAGGGAAGAACUUGAUCCAUUCAACUCUGGGACAGAGGACCUUACCAUUCCCAAGACAAAUCCGCCAGACGUACCACUUGGCAUCCCAACGCAGAAGGCAACUGCAGGCGAAUAG